UGGACACAGUUUCCUAAGUUUCCCUUUGGUAAUUUAGAAAUUCAGAUUCUAAGAGAUUUUCACCUAUCGUUUAACUUGUUAUUUUAAAAACUUAGAAGCGAACUAGAUUCGAAAAAUGACAUCGUCUGAAGUAUCGUCCAAUAGAAAAAUAUUGUCGGAAGAUUUGUCGAAUGUUGAGUUCGACACGAGUGAAGAUGUCGAAGUUAUACCCACUUUUGACUCCAUGGGACUUCGAGAUGAGUUAUUGCGAGGAAUAUACACAUAUGGUUUCGAAAAACCUUCAGCAAUUCAGCAGAGAAGCAUCUUGCCUAUAGUCAAAGGCAGAGAUGUAAUAGCUCAAGCACAAUCUGGUACAGGAAAGACUGCGACAUUCUCAAUUUCAAUACUACAGACUUUAGACACGACUCUGCGUGAAACUCAAGUACUUAUUCUUUCACCGACCCGUGAACUGGCAACUCAGAUUCAGAAAGUGAUAUUAGCUCUUGGAGAUUUCAUGAACGUUCAAUGUCAUGCUUGUAUUGGAGGUACCAAUCUUGGAGAAGAUAUAAGGAAAUUGGAUUACGGACAGCAUGUUGUGUCUGGCACACCUGGCAGAGUUUUUGAUAUGAUCAGAAGGCGUGUGUUGAGAACCCGGUCAAUAAAGAUGCUGGUUCUUGAUGAGGCUGAUGAGAUGUUGAACAAAGGUUUCAAAGAGCAAAUUUAUGAUGUAUACCGCUAUCUGCCUCCUGCAACUCAGGUUGUGCUUAUAUCAGCAACACUACCCCAUGAGAUAUUGGAAAUGACAUCAAAGUUUAUGACUGAUCCAAUAAGGAUAUUAGUAAAACGUGAUGAGUUGACACUGGAGGGUAUCAAACAGUUCUUCGUGGCAGUUGAACGAGAAGAAUGGAAGUUUGACACACUUUGUGACCUCUAUGAUACACUGACAAUUACCCAAGCAGUAAUAUUUUGUAAUACAAAGAGGAAGGUUGACUGGCUCACACAGAAGAUGCAAGAGGCAAACUUCACUGUCAGUUCAAUGCAUGGUGACAUGCCACAGAAAGAGAGAGACAACAUUAUGAAGGAAUUUCGUUCUGGUCAAAGCCGUGUGCUCAUUACAACUGACGUCUGGGCACGAGGCAUUGAUGUCCAACAAGUAUCCUUGGUUAUAAACUAUGACUUGCCCAACAAUCGUGAGUUAUACAUUCACAGAAUUGGUAGAUCGGGUCGAUUCGGUCGUAAGGGUGUCGCCAUCAACUUCGUUAAAUCAGAUGACAUCAGGAUCUUGAGAGACAUUGAACAGUACUACUCUACUCAAAUAGAUGAAAUGCCAAUGAAUGUGGCUGACUUAAUAUAACAUUGUUUAUAUUGUGUUCAUUAUCUUUGUGUGGAAUGGAUCUUCUGUCUACCCAGGGUAUUAGCCUGGUUAAGCACACGGUGAAAAGCUAAAGGCACAUUUACCAAUACUUCAUUAUAUAACUUAGCCGUAAUAUCUGUAUUUCUGUAUUAUCAAAACAUAAAUGUUUUAUUGUAUAA